AUGUGUGCACUGCAUAAUCUCGAAGAAUCUGCCCAUCGACGAGAGCACAAAGAAGAGACUCCCCCGACCACGUCAUCAACCCGAAACAUGAAGAAGGAACAUGAUACGACACGAAAGGAGUUGAUGAGGAAUACCCCAACAAUCGAGAAUGUCGAGAAUACAACAACAGAACUCUCAGAGAAGCUUUCUCAUGUUCUUCAUGCAUCUAACAAAGCUGCUGAUGACUCACAAUGCAAUCCAGAACAGACAUGGGAUGCAUAUCAUUUGCAUUUACCUCCGGAAAUAUUAGCUAAAAUAUUCUCGUACGUUGCUUGUGAGCCCAUCUUUCUGUAUUGCUUUUCUUCUCUACCGAACGUUUGUAAAGUAUUUAGGAGAGUUUUACAACGAGGUUUAGGUUAUCACGACGAUGAGGCUACUGACAAAAAGGAUCAAGAGAUUGAACUUUCGUUCUCCACAAACAUCAAAUCAAGUUUUCAACAUAAUUUAAUUGUCGAUUGGUUGAACUUUCCACUUCUUCAAAAAGUCAUCAAUUCUAAAAGAUUGGAGACAAUUUUUCAAAAUACGUCCCGUAUUUCUUGCUUGGACCUUUCGAAUCAAAGAAGCAUGUUUCAAUCAUUGCUUUCCAAAAAUUUAUUGGACGAUUUUCUCUUAUUAAUAGAAAAUUUAUAUUUGAAGUGUAACAAUAUUAAGAGAAUUUACUUGUGUGGAUGCUUUUCCAUUGAAGAAUCCAAAGAGAUGACAACUUUCACAAUCAAAUUGAUUAAUCUUCAUAGAAAAUACUCAAAAGAAAGCUGUGAUAGUUGCUACAUUGAUGUUAGCCCACAUUUCCUUCCUUCCAUCUUAUCGAAUGAGGCCACAGAAUAUUUAUCAUACAACCUGGCUGUCAUAGAAUUGCAAAAUGAGUUUCCAGAUGUUCAAGUAGUGGAUUGGUAUGAUUUAUUAUUCAAUCCUAUCGAAACAGACUUGGAGUUUCUUGAAAGAAUCAAAUCUGUUGACUCUGUAAAUAUACCACACGUGAAUGUAAGAGGAUGGUCCCUUCUUCACAGCGCAAUUUUAAAUGGCUAUUACAGAAGUGUCCAAUAUUUACUCAGUUUACCCCACGUUAAUGUAGAUAUUUGUAGUAAUGCUAGCUUCUCUAACGAUGAAACUUUAAAAGUGCCAACACCAGAGGAUGAAGAUGAGUCACCAAAAACACACAAAUCCAUUCCUUCUCUUGAGUUUAGAUUAAAAUACAAAGGCACUCCACUUUUCUUUGCAAUGUAUAGAUAUGCAACUAGUGAUAAAUCAAUAAGUGGAAACAAAGAUAUGGAGGUUAUGGACAUGCUCUUGCAUAGAGGAGCUUCAUAUAACAUUACAGACAAUUACAGAAGAUCAUUCUUGCUCAUAGCCAUUAGUUACAACUUUCCUCUAACAUUUAUCAAUUAUAUUUUGGAUCACUGCAACCAGAUAUUCAUGUGCGACUCUAAACACAACAACGUGCUGCACCAACUAUUUUUCUCACCGGCUCUCAUCAAGGACGUUCUCAAAACUAGGAAAUUAAUGGAAACAAUAUUUUCAUUAGCUCCUUCCUUAUUCUACCAAUGUAAUUCAGCCAACCAUUUACCAAUCCAAAUACCGUUUGUCUUUAACAAUUUCAAAAACUUUUUAAGCAAAGAAUGUGGAGUCGAGCUUGUUAGAGCCAUAAGUCAUUUCAUAGAAUGUACAAAGAAGUAUGGAGGAGUUGAUAUGGCCAAUACUUUCAUUGAGAUGGCUAUUGAGGAUUGUCUCAAAAUUAUUAAUGAUGGAAAGCUUUCAAAAAAGAAAACUCUGGUUGUUAUUAACAAGAUAUUUAUUGAAUUAUUGGAUAUGAAAAUCAAAGUGAGUCUCAUUGAUCCUGAAGAUGUGAAUGCUAUCAGAAAUGAGUGCAUGCGGCUUGAUGAGACAGGCGUAAAUAUUCUGCACAGAAUGAAAAAGGCAGAUUGUGUGAAAGCUUUCUUCAAAUACCUUGGCUUAGAGAAGGUAUCUUAUUAUUUUUAUAUUAACACUCCAGAUUCCAAUGGAAACACAUUACUACAUCACUUAAUAGCGGAAAGUGAGUCUGAAUUUCAGAUUGGAAACGAGAGUGAUAGAAUUGUUGAGGAACUGCAAGGAGACGUUACAUAUCGAAACAAAGUUGGAGAGACUCCACUUUCACUUGCAGCCAAGAGAGGCUAUUAUUCGUGUGUCCAUUUUAUGCUUUCAAAUCAACAGACAAGCCACGUCUCUGAAAAACAAAUCAUUGAUCACAAUGACAACAUUUUAUGCAUUUUGAGAAGUUCAAGAAACGAUACACCCAAAGACAGGCGUCCGUGUUACUCCAUCACCUCAUGUAUUAAGCUCAUUCAAACACAAAACGAAAUGCUUAUUCAAAACUUGAGACAUCCCAAAGAUUUUGACCAUGUUUAUGACGAAAUAUUGAAAGGAGAUAGCUACUCAGACGAAACAAGUAGCAGCACUUCGAGUAGCAGAACCUCUUCACAAUUGAGCCUUAUGGAUAUGAUCAAACUGAGUGAGGAAAAAAAGGAAAGCAAAAAACAAUCUCAAAAGGCCGCUAAAAGAAAGAAAAAGAAGGAUGCCAAACAAAAAGAUUUUGAGUACCUUGAUUCCGUUCUUUGCAAAACACCAAGAUACAUGUGUGUGGAAGAGAACUUUAACAACGGUGAACAUGAUGCCCUCCUUGUUGUCUGUGAAAAAACUUGUUCAGGAGAUACAAGGUCAGUGAUUAAGUUUAGCGUGGAAAAAGCACUUCAAGGCUCACCAUCCAACAAGAAUUGUCUUGAAGAGAUGUGUGAGAGGACUCAAGAUAAAUUUGAAAAUUGCAAUGUUCUGGAAGGACUGGCAUUUCUGCAUUCAACAGGUCAAGUGUAUGUUUGCGAUUCCCGUGGAGAGUCGAUUCAUGUUUUGAAAUUGGACAACGGUGAAUAUAUACAAGAGAUUGAGAUAGAUCCAAUACAGCAACAGGACACCUCAUGGUAUACAAAUGCGUAA